AUGGCCGAUACAGUCAUGGCGGACGCACCGCCGGUUGACUCCUCGACUCCGUUCUCAUUACGCCCUCGUUUUAAGAUCUCCGACCUCCCUCUCGUCAAAGACCAGCGAUCCACCAUUGAUGCGCUUCUUCUCAAGUUCAAGAAGAAAGGCGGCUACGACAGCCUGCGAAAACAAGUGUGGGCUUCCUACAAUACCUCCGAUGCGAAAACCGCCCUUACGGAUAAGAUUCACGCCAUUGCGGAAGCCGAGAUUGAGAAAGACCCGAAUUUACUCAGUCGAGAGCGGGGCAAGGCAGCUACGCUGAUACAAGGUGCCGUAGACCGAAGCGGGAUAUAUCAAGAUGUAGAGUCCAGAAUCGACCAGGAAAUCGCGAGGCACCUGAACACCGUGCUGGAUGCGGUGCGUGACAUUCGCAGGGAAGACGUUGGGGCUGACCUUGCAGCUGAGGAGGAGCAGCGAGGGGCCAAGUCUGAUGAACAAUAUGCGGCUGAGACCCAAAACCGAGCUGCUGAAAGAGAAAGGAAUAGAGCUCGGAUGGAGCAAUUGCUGCGGGAGACUGCAGAGUUGAAGGCCAAGAUUAAGCAGGAAGAGGAACGGAAGCGGAAGAAAGAAGAAGCCAAGCGCGAGGAAGAGGAGAAAAAGAAACGUGAGGCAGAGGUAGAAGAAAGACGAAUCGAGCGCGAAAAGAAACGCAAGGAGGAAGAGGAGCGGGAAGCCGAAAGGAUCAAGGCCAGGGAUGAAAGACACAGGAAGCGCGAAGAAGAGAGACGGGAAAGAUACGCUCGGUACGAGAAGGAGCGUGAGAGAGAAAGAGACCGCGACCGUGAUCGAGAUCAUGAACGAACACGCCCAAAGAGCACUGAUCGGCGGGAUUCGAUUGCUGAAUCCACAACUGUCAAGGACGUUCAAACGGACGAGAAGGAUUUAGAGGCUACCGCUCUUGAGCUUCUCCUGAGCGAAGGCAAAAAAAUGGCAGAGAAGUCUAAGCAGAGACCUGAGUACAAUUUUGACAAGUCCGAAGUACACGACAGCUCGCGGAAAUACAUCACAUCCGACCGAUAUUCCCGAAAAAGAGAGAGAUCUCGAGAGAGCCACAAACGGGAGCAUGACCGCCGAAGCAGAUCCCGUGACAGGAGGUCGUCAAUUCAGGAAAAGGAGAAGACAGAACCAUCUCGCCGCCGAAGCCCAAGCAAAGACCGCGAGGAAGGCGAAGCCCAGAGCCAGCGCGAUUCACCGUCGCCUAGUCACGAAAGACGAUCCGUGGUGUUCAUCGUACUGAAGUUGAGCGUGAACGUGAUCGGCAAAGACGUCGACCCCGAGAUUCAGAGAGAGAUCGUGAUCGAGAGCCGACGAGAAAGUAUGACAGUCAUCGCAGCGAUAAAGAUCCAGACCGGGAGGGAGAGCGAAAUCGUGACUGUGACCGUGAGCGCGAUGGUGGAGACCGAGAUCGAGACAAUGACCGGAGAGACCGUGACCGCGACCGGAAUCGAUCAAAAGAGAGAGAAAGAGACCGGGACCGAGACCGAGACCGAGACCGAGACCGUGAUCGAGACCGUGAUCGAGAGCGCGAGCGAGAUAGGUCACGCGAUAGGUAUCGAGAGCGAGAUCGGGACCGGGACAGAGAGCGUGAUCGAGAUAGAGAGCGAAACCGAGAGAGAGAGCGAGACCGCGAUCGAAGCCGCGAUCAUGAUCGUGACCGGAAUAGGGAUAGGGAUAGGGACCGUGACAAAAACCGCUCGAGAGAUCGAGACAGGAGAGAUCGAAGCCGGCGCCGCGAUGAUCGAAGAGAUGAUCGAAGAGGCGAGAGAAAGGACGACCGCCGCGAUGAUCGACAAGAAGAUCGGAGAGACGAUCGAAAGGACGACCGACGCGACGAACGGCGCGACGACAGAAGGCGCGACAGAGACAGAAGUGACGCUCGCGACGCUCGUCGAGACCGCGAUCACGUACCCAUUGACCGAUAUGUCCCAGGUCGAUAACCCGGUAUUUAACCCUUAUUUUUUAAGUCACUGUUAA